UAUGCGGCAAUCAAGACGGAAGUAAGUGCUUUUUUCCAUAAUUUAUAGAAGAAAUAGUAAAUAACUAAGGCUGUGGCUGUUGAAGAAGAAACAAAUGGCUGCGCUUCCUUCUUCCAUUCAUAAACACAUACUUCUUCCGAAGGAAAACGAGGGUUACAUAUCUUUCAACAAACCAAAAGUCCACUACCGUCCUCAUUUUCAAAAGUUACGGGCUGUUGUGAAUAAAUUGGACUUUGCCCAUCAGGUGUUUGAUGAAAUUCCCCAACCAAAGACAUACGCCUGGAACCAAUUGAUCCAGACCCAUCUCUCCAAUAAGCAUCCUCGGAAUGCUCUCUCUGUUUAUCACGGAAUGAUGCUUCGUGGUAUCUGUCCCGAUAAUCAUACUCUCCCCCGCAUCUUAACGGCAUCCCGUCUCUGCUUCGACUUAGCGUUUGGGAAACAAGUUCAUGCCCAUGUUUUCAAGCAUGGCUUCUCCUCCGACGUCUAUGUCAUCACUGCUUUAAUACAAUUGUAUGGUUGUCUACAUGGCGUGGAAACUGCGAAAUGGGUGUUGGAUAAUGCCCCCACUUCCAGUUCUGUUGCUCUCACUAUACUGGCCAAGCUGUACUUAGCAGACAAUAAACCCCACUCGGCUAUCGAGGUUUUUAACCGAAUGAUUCGGUCGAAGGCUGAAAUCGAUCCGGUGGCAUUGGCAACCGCUGCCGGCACCUGUUCCCGCUUAAAGUCAAUACAACAGGCGAGAAACGUGCAUAAGAUUGCUAAGGAAUGUGGUUUGGAAUUUCAUUUACUUGUCAGCAAUUCACUGAUGAAAAUGUAUAUUGAUUGUGAUAGUCUUGAGGAAGCUCAAUCUUUGUUCGAUGCAAUGCUGUCGAGAGAUAUCAUUUCGUGGACCGAGAUGAUUCGAGGACUUGUAAAAAAUGGGGGAUAUAAUGAGGCUGUCAAACUGUUUCGCCUAAUGAAUAGAGCUGGAAUCAAACCCGAUUCGCUCACGAUUACUAGCGUUCUUCCGGCCUGUGCGAGAGUACCUGGUCAUAAGCAAGGGAAGGAAUUACAUGCCUACUUGCUUAGGAACGGAUUAGACAUGAAUCUCAUAGUCCAGAAUGCUUUAAUGGACAUGUAUGUCAAAUCAGGAUUCAUUGAAUUAGCUUCGAAUGUUUUCAUGUCGAUGAUCGAGAGAGAUAUUUUCUCUUGGACUAUAAUAAUAUCGGGAUAUAGCUUGCACGGACAGGGAAGGCGAGGACUGGAUUUGUUCUCGGAGAUGGAGAAAAAUUCCAGCUUAGAAAUAGACGAGUUCGCAUAUGCUGCGGUUCUCCAUGCUUGUGUGACUUCUUGCAAUGUCAAUGUAGGAAUGUCUUACUUCAACCACAUCAAGAAACCUACAGUUACACAUUGUCUUCUGAUGGUAGCCCUUCUAGCUCGUGCUGGACUCUUCAAUAAGAUGCGCAACUUUAUCGAGGAACACCGGAUUGAACAUACCGCAGACAUAUUAAGAGCUGUGCUAGAUGGAUGCAGGAUCCAUCGGCAAGAAACGAUGGGGAAACGAAUCACCGAGCAGCUUUGUGAAUUGGAGCCUCUCAAUGCCGAGAACUACGUUUUACUGUCGAAUUGGUAUGCAGAGAGCGCGAAAUGGGACAUGGUCGAAAAACUAAAGACAACAAUCAAAGACAUGGGUUUGGAGCCGAAAAGUGCGUACAGUUGGAUAGAGUUUCGAAACAAAGUUCACGUGUUCGGAACAGGUGAUGUUUCCCACCCCAGAUCCGAGAUGAUAUAUUGGGAGUUGCAGCAUUUGAUGAAGAAAAUGGAAGAUGAAGGAGGACAUGAGCCUAAUUCAGAAUUUAGCCUCCAUGAUGUCGACGAAGAACGCGAAUGUAUUCGAAUCGGACAUUGUGAGAUGUUAGCCAUUUCUCUUGGGCUUAUCAGUACACAAGAAAGAGUAACUGUUCGUGUUACUAAGAAUCUCCGAGUAUGCAGAAGCUGCCAUGACUUUGCAAAGGGUAUAUCCAAGAUAGUAGAUAGAGAAAUCAUUAUAAAGGAUCCUAAUUGUUUCCACCAUUUCAAGAAUGGCCACUGUUCAUGUGGGGAUCUUUGGUGAUUUCUGUAGAGAGAUCAUGAAAAU